CCUGAAAGCUUUUGACCGGGAAGUAAAUGCAUUUGUGGACUAUAUGUUUGGACCUCGAGAUACCAGGGUUAGAGGAUGGUUCCUUUUGGACUCUUACCUUCCCACAUUUUUCCUUACUGGAGCUUACCUACUCUGCAUAUGGCUGGGCAACAAGUUCAUGAAGGACAGGCCUCCUUUCUCUCUCAGGGCUCACCUCAUUGUAUAUAACCUUGGGAUUACACUGCUCUCCUUGUACAUGCUCAUAGAGCUCAUCCUGGCCACGUGGGAAGGAGGAUACAACCUGCAGUGCCAGAACCUCCACAGCGCAGGGGAGGCCGACAUCCGGGUAGCCAAGGUGCUGUGGUGGUAUUAUUUUUCCAAAGUAAUUGAAUUCAUGGACACUAUCUUCUUUGUACUGAGAAAGAAAAGCAGCCAGAUCACCUUCCUUCACGUGUAUCACCAUGCCACUAUGUUUAACAUUUGGUGGUGUGUCCUGAACUGGAUACCUUGUGGGCAAAGUUUCUUUGGACCCACUUUGAAUAGCUUUAUCCAUGUACUCAUGUAUUCUUAUUAUGGACUGUCAGUCAUCCCUUCUAUGCGCAAGUAUCUGUGGUGGAAGAAAUACCUCACUCAGGCACAAUUGAUCCAGUUUGUGCUCACUAUUGUGCACACACUCAGCGCAGCUGUGAAGCCAUGUGGAUUCCCCUUUGGCUGCCUCAUGUUCCAGUCCUCCUAUAUGGCCACGCUUGUCAUUCUCUUCAUAAACUUCUACAUUAAGACAUAUCAGAAAGCACCUUCAAGAACAGCUAUAAAGGAAACCCCUGUCACAACGGAAGUCAAGAAUGGUUUCCAUAAGGACUACUUUGCUGCUGCCAAUGGAUUCCUGAACAAUAAGAAAGCACAAUAAGUAUAGCAUUUCCUAUGAUUUUUUUUUCUUAAAAAAAAGAAGAAAACAAAGACUGAAUUACAAGCUUUAGCUUAAAACCUAUUUGAAUACAUUUAUCAGUUCUUUGUACCAGAUGCUUAUUAAUGUACUGCUAUUUAGGUUUUAACAAAACAAGUAGAAUUACUUGUCCUGUCAAAAAUCACCAUCAGAAUGAGAAGGCCAAGAUCUUUCUCAUGUGAAAACAGAAACUCUCUCAUCUCUAACGCUGACACAAAAACGCCUUACAAAACACUUGAUGGGAGAAAUCCAUCAAUGCCUUCAAAAUGUUAAGACUCUGUUCAGACUAACACGCUGAGCAUUUUCUGUACGUGUGAGAGGUCUCAAGGCAAAGCUUCGCAGUGCACCCAACGCAUGUAGCUAAGUUGUGGUCAAGGUCAGGGAAAAAAAUAAAAAAAGAAAAAGAAUUGUACUGUUUCUGUCACCAUACCUCUCUUUGCUGCUUCCCAGUCGUUCCCCAAAGCACAUUCCCUUCCAUAGACACCAGUGAGGUGCAGUUAUCCCUUUGGGAGCCCUGGGAAAGGAUAUACCAGAGAGCAGAGGCCAGAUGCACCAUCCCAGAGUUAGCAGACAGACUCAUACCUGACUCAAACACCCCAAAGGCUGGCAGGAGCUUGCUGUUUCAGGAGGCUGGACUGGUAGCACAUGGGGCUGCCCCAUAUGAUAUUUAGAGUAUAUGAUAUUACACAAUGAUACAGGGGUUUGAGCUCUAGUCAGAGUAGAGCAAGUCACUUUGGAUGUGCUAAAUUAAUAGUUCUCAAUAAAUGCAUUUUGAAAGAAAUAGGACCUCAGCAACUUAAAGAUAAAUCCUUUGAGUGUAAACAUACACAAGUUAAUCCUAUACAAACACUGCUAAUUUGAAGCAAACUGUUAUUCUGUACAUUAAUAGACUGCAAGACAGAAAAUCUUAAAAGUUAAUUCAGCAAUAAGCAGAGCACAUUAUAUAGGAAUUUCUGUGCUAGGUAGGCUUUAUUCAGACUGGUCUCUGACUGGAGAAACAUAUGGGACUGGGGCACAAUUCUCUGCAGGGAAAGCAAAGAGAUUAAAAACAUAUCCCAAAACCCAGAGUCACAAAACCUGGACUCUAUGCAUAUACAAGUUCUCACUGGCCCUCCCAGAAACUUUGCUUUGUAGACCUUUCUGGUUGAUGCUGUAAAGCUCAGAAGUUAUAAGAAAUUAGUAGGUUUGACUGAAGGAGUUGUACGUGGCCCUAAGCAAAGGGAGAGCUUCACAGCGAGCUCUGCAGAUGUCAGCUUGAUGCUGGAAACCUGGGUAAAGGCAGAGGGAAUCAGAGGAGCUGACAAGAGAGGACACUAGGCAACUGGCCUCCGUUCAUUUCAGGCAGGCAAAAAUGCAGUUCUGUAGCCCAUCAUGGAUUUUAGGCUGAGCGGAGUCCUUAACCUUUUGACAGCAAAGAAUGCAUUUGACUAUCAAGGUGGACAAUGUCAGCGUGAUAAACAAAGUUUACUAUGGCAACCAAACCCACAGAUAUUGUCUUUUGUUUUGUUGAAACUGCAUUCAAAAGUAAAAGAAAGAAAUAAAUGCCUUACUUGAAGCAUAAAGGGCUGGGGGGGUGGGAGGGGCAGGGAAGGAAAAAAAACCCAAGAUGGUCUCACCUUGCAGAUCCAGACCAGCCAGGAAGGCUGGAAUCAGGUAUGUUUUAAAUUCUUCAGAUCUGUCUUAACAUCUUCAAAAUGCUGCAACUUUGAAGAAAAGGAAGCGUUGACUUUUUAAACUGAUUUUCCUGUAAUACAUAACACUGUAAAUAAAGAAAUUUUACUAUCA